AUGUUAACAGCCAUCCAACAGAAAAUAGAGAAAGGAUCCACAUCCGCUCCUUCACUAGACGUGUGCUUGCUGAAAAAUGGCCGGAGAUCUGCAGAAUGAGGUGAAAACAUCGCCGAUGGAUGAAAAUAAAGAGAACAGCAUCGAUGGGAGUCUGGGCCUGGAGAUUUUGCAGAUCAUUAAAGACUCUCAGCAGCAGCAUGGACUCAGGCAUGGCGAUUACCAGCGCUACAGGGGUUAUUGCGCAAGACGGCUGCGACGAUUGAGGAAGACUCUGGGCUUUAAAAUGGGCAACAGGCACAAGUUUACUGGGAAGAAAGUGACCGUGGAGAUGCUUUCUGACAACAGAUAUCUAUUGUUAGGAUUAAUGGAAGCAGAAAGAGCUUGGAGUUAUGCCAUGCAGCUGAAACAGGAAGCUAACACUGAGCCUCGGAAGCGUUUUCAUCUACUGGCCCGCCUGCGGAAGGCUGCUAAACAUGGAGAGCAGCUGGAGAAGCUGUGUGAGAGUCCCCGCGUGGACGCCAAGACCAAACUGGAGGCUCAGGCUUACACUGCAUAUCUGACCGGAAUGGUUCAGUUUGAAAUGCAGGAAUGGAAAUCUGCCAUGGAGGCCUUCAACAAGUGCAAGACCAUAUAUGAGAAACUGGCAAGUGCUUUUACUGAGGAACAAGCAGUUCUUUAUCAUCAGAGAGUGGAGGAGAUCUCUCCUAACAUCCGAUACUGUGCAUAUAACAUUGGUGACCAGAAUGCUAUAAAUGACCUCAUGCAGAUGAGGCUGAGUGCAGGAGGAGGGGGUGGUAUGAUGGCAGAGAAAUUGGAGGCGCUGAUCACUCAGACAAGAGCAAAGCAGGCAGCGAUGAUGAGUGAGGUUGAGUGGAGGGGUCGUAUGGUUCCUGUUAAAAUCGACAAGGCCAGAAUCUUUCUGUUGGGUCUGGCAGACAAUGAAGCUGCUAUUGCACAGGCUGAUAAUGAGGAGACGAAGGAGCGUUUGUAUGAGAGUCUUCUUGCGGAGUGUAGAGACACCAUUCAAGCCAUCAGAGAGGAACUCCGGACUGAUGUGAAACAGAGAGAGAGGGCUGCUGACAGUGCUGAGAGUGGCAAGGUGUCUAAUCUGCAAUACCUACACAGUUACCUGACAUAUAUCAAGCUGUGGACUGUAGUGAAGAGGAAUGAGAGCAUGGCUCACGCACUACAGGCUAAACUGAAAGAACCACAAACUGAUGAGAACAAGAGAGGACCACGACCACAAGACCUCAUACGACUCUAUGACAUCAUCCUGCAGAGUCUUGCUGAGCUGUCAGCCCUGCAGGGCCUAGAGGAGGACCAUACCUUCCAGAAAGAGGUGGCACUCAAAACUCUAGUCUUUAAGGCUUAUAGGUGUUUCUAUAUAGCUCAAUCAUAUGUUCUGGUGAAGAAAUGGAGUGAAGCUCUGGUUCUGUAUGAAAGGGUUCUGAAAAACGCCAGAGAGGUCCAGUCCAAAGCCAAGAGCCUCAACAAAAGCUUUAUGGAUCUCCCUGAUGUUCAGGAGCUGAUUACUGAGGUCAAUGCUGAGAAAUACUCCCUGCAGGCUGCAGCCAUCUUGGACACAGAAGAUAUUGCUGAGGUGCCUGCACAACAGCAGAUUAAAGACAACACGCCUCUCUCUGAGCGAUUGGAGACUUUCUGGCUGGACCCCGCCCUCCUGAGCAAGCAGCCCAAUCUGGUCCAGUUCCCUCCAGACUUCCAGCCAAUCCCAUGCAAGCCGCUCUUCUUUGACCUGGCUCUCAACCAUGUGGCUUUUCCACCACUUGAUGACAAGGUUGAGCAGAAGGGCAAAGGUGGCAUCACUGGCUACUUCAAGGGCUUCUUUGGCUUUGGAAGCUAAAUCUAGCCCAACAUUUUGUUUGGACCUGUUUGGCUGUAUCUGUUGUCCUCUUAAUCCUGUUCUGUCUUCUAGAAUCUGAGUUAUACAUCCUUUUAGUCCCAAACCAUUUCCCCAAAACCUGCCAGUAUAAAUUUGAGAGAAGUCAGGGUAGUCUGUUUGCUUGUAAAUUCAGAUUGGCUGAAUUUGAGCUCAGCUAUAUUUAAACACCCUCUACACCUGGAGGAAAAAAUAUUUGUUUGAUCUCCAAGGAGUUUUUUGUUUAUCCUAAACUCUUGAAUUAAGAUGCCUUCAUUUGCUUAGAUCUGAUAUCAGCACAUAAUGCAAAAGGUUAGCUUAUCUCACUGAACAAGUCUACACUUUGCACAGCUGAGAGAUGAGCUUAGAAUAUUUGUUCUUAUUAUGUUAAGGUUUUAUUUAUUUAGGGUGUUUUGGUGCAUGGGCUUUAGUGGUCAAUCGUCUUAGCUUUCAAUCAUUAUAAUGACAAAUGAAGAGCUUCUUGUACCAAUGUGAGACCAAACCACUAUGAGAGGAUGCUGCUUUCAUUUGAAUGCUCAGCUGUGACACAGACCACAGAUCUGGUAUGUAGAUGAAAUGGACUGUGUUAAACAGUCUUUACCAUUAACUCUGAUCUCUGCAAAUAAGAUGAUUUCUGUCAUCUUGCAUGGGACCCUCAAAUACAAACUCAUAUCAAAGAAUUGUUAUGUAAUAACCUGUCAAUGAAGCCAUAGAGAGAAAUUAAGCUGUUUGUUUGUGUCCCCUGUAAUUGUUAACUAAAAUUUGCUUACUACCAAUGUUGCUAUUUUAGUCUGACAUGAUGCUGAUCACCAGAGUUCACUAGUAUCAAAGUUUAUCCCUGUUAUCUCUGCUUGAUUUGUAACUUAGAAUAACCCAUUUCUGAUUGCAGAUACAUUUUGCCAUUUUCAUUUUAUUUUAACCAUUUGGUUUUUUUUCAACAAUGUUGAUGAGAAAUCAUGUUUAAUCUUCAAAUGCAAGGAUGAACAUUAUGACAAGCUGAAAAAAAAAUGGAUUAGUUAUAAUAAAGUAAAAGUCAUUUUUGUUUUAAUUUGUUGAAAGGCUCCUAAUUAAAAAUAAAAAAUAAGUGAAA